AUGUCUGAAUACCAGUUUCUACAAAAUGCGACCCUCGAUACCAUUGUUCCCCAGACUUCAGAUCUAAACAUAGAGGAGUUGCUGGGAACCGUCGAAGAGAGCUCUGGAGAUCCUGUGCUUAGCCUGCCAGAUUUCCCAAAGGAUAGUCUAGAGGCUUGCAUCUCAAAUCUCAGUGUACAUCUGGAGGCCUUCGCUAUUGAUGAGGGCAACCCAAACGAGCAGAGUGAAGAGGAAUCCAAUUCAAAGGACCUGAUAUACUCUCAUACAGUGGAUAAUAAGGAUGACCCACUGGUUAUUGUUAAUGAAUCCGUUGGUGAUGGAGGAAGUGGAAAUACUGCCUAUGUGAUAUGGAAAUCGGAAGCUUUCCUCUACCGCCCUCGAGUGCGCCUAAGACAUCCGUCUGUUGUGUUUACUGCAUCUGCCGACUUUAGUCCUCGAGGAUCAGAGAAAUCGGCCAGCAACGAUCAGUAUUUACCAUGUCUCACUCCUGCUUCCACAAAUAUCUUCCAGUCCCUAACUGCUGCCGGAGAGGACCUGGAUCCAUACCUACCCGCGUCCAGGAUAUUACGGCUUGUCCCUUCUACUCAGCCCGAAGGGUCCAUCUACAAUGUGCAACAAGCGUCAUAUAACCCCAUUCGCAUCAUACCGGCCGCUAGUGCCAAGAUUAGGUAUUCCCGUUCUGCUGCAGUAUCGAAAAAGUUAUCAACAACUGCCAGCCUCGAUCUUGAAACGACCCCUUUUACCAGCUACGAGGUUGUUCUAGAAGAAGCAGAGUUACUUUUGAGCAGUGGCACAGUCGAACCCCUGACAGAAGCCAUUGGGUUUUCGCCUCCUAUUAGCUGUCCCGCACGCCAUGAUGUAUCAUUAGUCUACAAGCUGCUGUCCGCGGAAGUGGCAGAUACAGAUACACCGAUGACCUCUAUUCUCGACAUUUCACUCAAGGUCACAGUACUCGUUUCCGACGAUUGUCGGCCCAAGAUAUCCAUGCGCUGGAGGACCAAUGUGGACUUUUCCAAGCCUACACACCAAUCAUUGGGGGGCGUUAGUAACAUGUUGCGUCGAAGCAUCGUGUCUCGUGGCAGCGACCAGUCAACGACACAGGAACCCUCCACAGCACAAGUCUCAUCGUACUCUCCUGAAAACCAGGGGGUGAAAAUAUCAUUCUACGGCCCCUCCAGCGUCGAGGUUGGCAAGCCAUUUGACUGGGAUGUUUUCAUCGUGAACACAUCGACAAAAUCAAGGAAAUUUGGAAUUGCUGCCGUUCCGUUUCGAAGGCGUUCAGACACGCGAGCACACGUUCCAAGACCGUCGUCCACUUCUUCCAUAAGGAGGCCCGAUGAGGUGGCAGAGGCUGUUGUUGACGAAAAUAUUGUCUAUGCAAUGCAGCAAAACGCAGCUCCCCAUGAAACCGAUCUUAUAUGCCUCAGCACCGACACGAAAGUAGGGCCUCUUCUUCCCGGUACAUGCCACUCUACAAGACUAAGGCUGCUGCCGCUGUCCCCGGGCCUUUUACAUCUGGAGGUCGUGAAACUGGUCGACCUGGGCUCGAACGAAACCAUGGAGAUCAGAGAUUUGCCUGAUAUAGCACUCUGCGAACAAUCUAUCCGCCGCACCCACAUCUGCCAGGCGCCUCCAUCCAUAAAUCACACGGGGCUAUCAAGAGGAAGUCCAAGGCACCCCGGCACUAUGAUCAACCCAUCGAAAUGGGGUCUGCUCAAGGCCCUCGACAGUCGAUAUAUCUACGGUCGUGUGCCCUUGCUACAUGCCAUUAUUUUCCUCAUCGAGAUCGCCGUAACCAUGAGGCUGAUUGCUAAAUUCAACACAUACUAUGCUCAGAACCCCGUCCUGACGACGAUGGUCACAAACGCUGUUCUGGGUGGAAUAGCGGAUACAGUUGCACAGUCGAUAUCCGCUAUCAGUGCACGAUGCAAGGAGCUCCCGAAGAACAAUGAUAAAACUAGCUUUAUCUCGAUCGAUUUGCAAGAUCUUGAGAAGGAGAAGCCGCCGGCAGUUGGGGAGCUAAACUUUUACAGAAAGCGCCCUGCACCCUUCGAUUUCGAGAGACUCACCCGGUUCAUGGCAUAUGGCUUCUUUAUGGCUCCUGUCCAGCACCGGUGGUUCAAAUUCUUAUCUCACAUAUUCCCAGUGACACAGACCCAUGCCACCCUUCCAGCGCUGAAGCGUGUUGCAAUGGACCAACUUAUAUUUGCUCCGAUCGGUCUGGCAUGUUUCUUCACAUUCAUGACAGUGGCAGAAGGCGGUGGCCGCCGUGCUCUGUCUCGGAAAUUCGAAGAUGUCUACUUGCCAACCUUGAAGGCCAAUUUCGUCCUCUGGCCGACUGUUCAAAUUAUGAACUUCCGCCUAGUUCCUAUUCAGUUCCAGAUUCCAUUUGUUUCGUCAAUAGGAAUUGCUUGGACAGCUUAUUUGUCACUCACCAACUCUUCUGAAGAAGAGUAA